AUGAUAAAACCCAAGAACAAAAAAAAAAUACAAUCUUCAUUUCAACAGAAACAGGCAGCUUUAAGAACACCUGUUGAAAGAGGUAAUAGCUCAGUUAAAAGAUCUGGAAUUGGCAAUACCAAAUUGAAUUUUGAUGAUAAUACAUUACAUAAUGUAAAUGAACUUUAA